CGAGGUAUUCUAAAUACUGGUACAACGUCCUCCUUUACGGUGCUUCGGUACGCCACGGAUCUACCAGCGAGUCCCAUAAUGUAGCCCCAAAAAAUAAGAAAUGGAAUAUUUAAGUAAUGCACUUUGCAGAAUAUCUUGGGAAAGCCCAUAUAUGAACAAACAAACAGUUAGUGUAGAAAAGUUUAAAAUGUUCGAAAUGGCCUGCCUGUGUAAUCUGUGUUAAAUACUUCUUCUGAAAUCAAAGCAUCUCUUUCAAUAGUUGGAAGUCUGCACUCAAUACUCGACACAGUUAGAGCAGUCAGUCCCAAUGACCGAGUCAGCAAACAAAAUGGAACAUUACACCGCCGAAAAUAGCAAGUAAGUAGAGAUUAGAGACGAGAAGACGGCCACAACUGGGUGAGCAGAGCAGAGAAAAGCAGUCCCGACCCGGGCAGAGACAGAAACCACAGAGACACAGCAGCAUCCAAGCACCUGGAGAUGUGGAGACGGGCGCACUUUUCAUUCAACUUUGCAGCGAAACGCACGCGCUCAACAAAAAAUACGGAGUGGUGAAGCAGAGCCUGUAGCAGAAGGAGUCCACAGCAGCUGAACACAUGGCAUGGACAUGGAAGCCAUAAAAAUGCUGAUGUCGCAAAGCGGAGAUGCGAACAACAAGUCCAAUUGCCAUAUAGCCGCGAUAUUACGAGGCAGCAGCCACAGCAGCGGCAGCAGUGAAAGAAAAAAGAAAGUUAUUGCUGGAGCCGGUUGUGGCAGUGGUUCUACUGGCAACCUGCUGCAGCCAUUCAUUGCUACACUUUGCAUAUUGUUGGUGGAUCGGCUGAGCCUCACUCCUGCAUCGGCAUCAUCAUUGGCGCCCGCCAAUGAAACCGCCUGGCCACCCAUGUAUCAUUAUGAUAUUUGGAACGACAAUCAAAAUGAAUCGGACAUAGAGGAAGAGGGGGAUGAGGUGACUGCCAUUGAAAUCCAGGAACAAGUAGAGGUGGCGCAGCCAGCCAUCCCCGAGCAGAGUCUCAAUCAGAGUCUGGGAGGGAAUAGCAGACAUGGCAAGGUGAUUCAUCUGUUUCCUGUGCCCGUCGAUGGGGAAUGCCUGUCCAACGAUGGUCGUCGCAUGGGCAACUGCCUGAAUGCUUACGAGUGCCGCCAAAAGGGUGGCCAGGCCCAGGGUGAAUGUGCCAUGGGAUUCGGUGUCUGUUGUGUCUUUUUGGCCAGCUGCAAUGUCACCAUAACCAACAACAUCACCUAUAUCGUCUCGCCUAGCUUUCCCAGUUUCAUGCCCACAAAUUUCAGUGGCUGCAGUCUAAAGGUCAAAAUGAUGAGCGAUGAUAUCAGCCAGUUGAGGAUCGACUUUCAUCACUUUACGCUGGGACAACCGAAUCGACGCACGGGCGUCUGUGAGGGCGAUGUAUUCAACAUCAGUGGAGGGCCAGGCGGAUCCAUCUCCCUUUGCGGUCAGAAUAGUGGACAGCAUUUGUACUAUGAUGUUGGAGCUCGUGCCUCGCCACGUCAAUCCACAUUGUAUGGCAGCCUACGUCCCGUUGAUGCAGCCAAUGUGAGCAGCCCGAGCAAUGCCACUGGGGAUCGCUUCAUUGACAUCAAUCUCAACCUGUCCAAUCGGUUUCUGCCACUCCGCAUUUGGGAGAUGAGCGUGGUGCAGAUACCCUUCAGCCAGCGAGCUCCGGCGGGUUGUCUGCAGUACCACACGGGUAUCGAGGGCGUCAUGCAGACCUUCAACUUUGCCGAGAAUGGAAGGCACCUGGCCAACCAGAACUAUCGCAUUUGUGUGCGCCAGGAGACGGAUAUGUGCUCGAUUAUAUAUCAGCCUUGCGAUGAGCAGUCAUUUCGGAUUGGUGGAGGUGGGAGAAUGGCCUCGGGAACAACAGCUUUCUCGUUGAAUGACGACGGAAUUGGGCCAGCUGCGAAUCCUGAUCCAGCUAUGGCACAGUCCGAUAAUGCAGGUGGAGGAGGACCAGCUGCCCCAGCUAAUGGGGGAACGACUACAUCGGCUCCAACGUCUACAAACCUGAUGCAGAUGCUGGCUAUCAUGGCCAACUCUACCACCACGACAUUGAUGUCGAUGAUGUCGAGCAAUUCUACUGCAGCGGCGUCAUCGGGGACUAGUUCGACCGCCAGCAGCAGCACAGCAGCGAUGACCACGACGACAACAAGCACCACUCCGGCUCCUCUACGCUCCAGCACAGUGGCCGCCACCGAAGAGAGCACAUCUUCCUCUGAGGCGCCAGCUUCUUCACCGGCCAGCGAUGAUGUGGAAGGUUCAGGUGGGGAGGAUGGCGUCGACGAUGACGGCGACAACGAUGGUGGCUUCCUUUUUUUUAGAAGUCCUCCAACCACAGAAGAGCCCGGUUUUUCACGACGUCCACGGCCGGUGGGCAGCAGGCCUAGUGGAGGAUUCGAUCUUUUCGGCUUCUUACGGAAUGCUUUUGAUUUGCAACUGCGACGGCGGCGUCGUCGCGAAGCCCGACAAUUCUUCAGCACCUGCACGGAUCGCAUAACAAUGCCCUGCAUCAUCGAAGACUUCAUUGGUACUGGCCUGGGUCCCCUGCCCGGCUGUGAGCCCGUCCACUGCGGUGCCCAGUUCUGCUCAUCGGGCAUUCGGCCAUGCCGCAUCGAAAGUACCGUCACCCCUUUCUACAUUGGCGUUCAUUUUGGCGAUGGCGUAGGUGUGGGUAAGGCAAAUGCUGAAGACAAUGUUGGAGCCUGUCUGCGCUUCUCCCAGGUGCAGUGCAUGUGAAGGACCAUAUCAUCAGAAAGGAUGUGUAGCCACAUUUCGUUUUAGAAAAUGGUACAAACUAUUUAGAGAACACUUUUCCACAAAAAAGGGAUUGAGAAUCGCUUAACACAUAAUUUACAUAUUUUUAAUACAAAAUUUGUUGCUCUGUACGAUUGGAAAUAAGCUUUUACAAAUAUAUUUCAUAUAUUUA